AACAACGACCCAUACAAGCAAUCGUUACAUUCUCUCUAUGGUCGAACGUUAGAAUCUUCAUCUGCCUUGCUCGGUCGUUCUUCCACCCCAUAAAGAUCGUUUCUUUAAGCAUCUACCCCCUAAAAAUUGUUGGCGAAAUAAAAGUACAAUUCUUGGAAAGCAAAAGAGAAAGGAGAGAGAAAAGGAAUGACAGCAAAUGAAUGGGGGAGGUCUCCCCUUGAGCUGUCGAUGAAGCUUCCCGUCUUGACUUGGAUAAAUCAUGACCCGAAACCCAAAAUGAGUCCUUGACUACAUAUAUGAUCUGUUUACCUUGUUAUGCGACAGACCCAUGUUCUGAAAUCUCUCCUCAACGGCUAAAGUCAGUGGAAAUGGGCAGCCAUGCUGACGCAAAUGAUCCUCAGUGGAUAGAGAAAGUCAAGUCAGAGGGAGCUGUUCCAUGCCUUGAUCCUGAUAACUGUCCAAACGGAUGGGCUUCUCCACCUGGAGACAAAUUUAUGGUUAGAGGUCCAGAAUAUUUUGCAAACAGGGUCAAAAUUCCCGCUGGCGAGUAUCUCUUGAAGCCUCUUGCAUUCGAUUGGAUUAAAAGCUCUUCAAAAGUCUGGGAGGUCAUGAAAAAUCCAAAUAGCCGUGUGAGGAAGGCCAUCGAAACUGAAUUUCCAGACGGGGACAGACCCUUUGUAUGGGCUUUUAAUCUCCAAGUGCCAAGCAAGGAUAACUAUAGUGCUGUUGCGUAUUUUGUAGCCAAGGAACCUAUUCAAGAGGGUUCCCUGGUGGACCAGUUCUUAAAGGGUGAUGAUGUGUAUAAAAAUUCACGUCUCAAAAUGAUUGCAAACAUUGUGAAGGGUCCUUGGAUAGUUAAAAAGGCAGUUGGAGAGCAGGCUAUUUGCAUAAUUGGACGUGCCCUUACCUGUAAAUAUGUUGUAUCGGACAAUUUUAUAGAAGUGGAUGUCGAUAUUGGGUCCUCGAUGGUUGCCAGUGCGAUUGUUCACUUGGCAUUUGGCUACAUUACAACACUGACAGUUGAUUUGGCUUUCCUUAUUGAGAGCCAGACGGAGUCGGAGCUACCAGAAAGAAUCUUGGGCGCCGUUAGAUUCUCAGAGCUGGACCCUGCUUCGGCUAGGCCAGUGGAACUGUUUGAUGGUACUGAUGUAAAUUUACAGUCGUCUCUUUCCACUAGAUGGUGGAGGUCCAUCGGUCAAGGGUUUUCCAAUUUAAUUCAUCAAGGCUCCCAGGACAGCUCUCCUUCUGGAUCAGUGCACAGUAAUGGCAUUGGCAGUGAUAACAAGAAUGAUAUAUUAGGAAAAUGAUUAUAUAUGCCACAUGCAGAGUUGAUGUUGAUUUCUGGAAGCAUUUAUUGCUAUCAAAGACUAUGUCUACUUAUGAAGAAUUUGGGGACGUCUGAGCUGACAUGUACUGCUUUGCGCUUGCUCAUGCUGUCCGAUACUUCAUUCAUCUGUAGAGUAGAUCAUAUGGCUGAGGACUGACAAUGAUUCUUUUGUCUACCCAUCUUCGACGUCUGCAAGGGCCUUGUAUUUAUGUGUUAACAACUUUGAAUUGAAUGAAAACUGAUAUGCCCUUCAGUUUGUGAAUAUGAUGCAGCAAUACAUAUGUAAGUGUGUUUAUUUUUCUAAUAGAGGGUUUAGUUCUGAGUA